CGAGUAAGUAAGCGAGCAUAAUAUUUAUACCUACAGGUUCGAGCCUCCGUUGUCUUCAACCAUUUCAUUCCUUCAUCCCACCACUUCAUUAUAGCUUAGAUGUCUUUUCUUUCUCCCUAUGGACCCUCAUCUUUUACCCCAGACGACGGUCUCGACCUUUUCUUCUCGCCUGAACUCAUUCCGGAUCAGGUGAAAAAGCAACUUCCAGGCGACCUUCACAUACGACCGCUAGCAUCUUCAGACUACCAUCGCGGUCAUCUUGCAGUGCUCUCAGUUUUGACCGUCGUUACAGAUCCGGGAGAAGACGCAUGGGUGGAGCAGUUCAGGACUAUGCGUGCUACAUCUGGAACAUACUACCCCAUCGUCAUUGUAGACAAAGCUUCGGAUAAGGUCGUUGGAGUCGGCUGUGUUUUCAUGGAGCGCAAGUUUUUGCGAGGACUUGGUAUUGUCGGUCACAUCGAAGACAUCGCGGUUGAUAAGGGCCAACAAGGAAAGAAACUUGGUCUCAGGAUAAUCCAAGUGCUCACUCAUAUCAGUGAGCAGGCUGGCUGCUACAAGACCAUCCUGAACUGCAGCGAUGCCAAUAUUCCCUUUUACGAGAAAUGUGGCUUUAUCAAGAAGGAGAACGAGAUGGCCAAGUAUGCUCCUGAUCAACGCCCACAAACGCCGCUUCCUGGCGUCAUGACCCUCACACCUCUCCCCAGCCGCGCAUCCUCCCCGGCACGUCUCUGAACGGAGCGAACUCUGCAGCCGUCAUGGACUGAAGCAUAAUAUGUUUACCUGUAUACUCUCGUUCAUGGACGUUGUAAUUAGUUGAUUGAACUCGUUGUAUAGAUAAGUAGAUUUCUUUGUUGGCAUGGCCGCCAAAUAUCUCGUCAAUAAAGCAGACGGAAAUAGUUUAUUGUUUGGAGUAUUCUAUCAACUUUAUUGAAUAGUCUCCUCAGAUACUGCUGUAGCACAGCACUUUUACGCAUCGCGGGGUUACGAAUGCAACCGAGCGUUGAGGAAAGCGUCAGGUUGAGACGAGAGCGUGAAUACAGCUCUAGUUGCGUCAUGAUUGCUGUGGCGGCGAGGUUACAUGCGAAUAAGGAGAGUGCUGAGAAAGCGGCAAGUAAAGGAGGCGAUUGGUGAAAUCACAUCAGCAUUCGGGUGCGUGAUCAGAGCCCCGGGAGCGUUACGAAGACAUCUUCCGCGAUCUGUCCCCGAGCGAUGGUCACGAAACACGUUGAUGAUGUGAGUGUAAAGUGAUCGAUGUCGCGACCUCGACGGAUAAUGCGCAAGGGACGCUCGGGAGUGGAGCAACUCUUGCAGCUUGGGCGUUGUGAGUCAGCCGGGAGCGAGAUGAUACAGGAUCGAUCUCGGACAUCGAGAAUGUGUUGAGAAUUUUAAGGCGCUGAACGCGGUGAG